AUGGAGCUUUCUCUUCUGCACCUGCAGAGGAACCAGUUUGCUGCCUCUGCAUUAGAGUGCAGCUGGGAAGAAGAAAUCACCCUUAUUGGUGAGGUUGUAACUGGGGCCAAAGUAGCUUUCUACAACUACCUGAAAGGAGCUUCUAGUGAGGUGGGAGUCAGUCUCCUGCCAGGUAACAAUUGUAAGAGUCAGUCCGAAAAUCCCUCAUUUCUGCCUCACGACUGUCAGAGGCUGAGACCCCCCCUGGACCCUGGGCCACAGCACAGGAGAGAUCCAAGCUUCUCCCUGCAGCUGCACCCACUGGACCAAGACGCCCUCCUCAGGGACCCGUGCAGGAACAAUGGACACUGUCACGGUUUCCUGGCCGUGUUUGCAGAGGCCGUGUUUGCUUUGACUGACUGUGCUGUACCUGCUGCAGAGCCCAGACCUGCGAUACCCACGAAACCGACCCCCCUUCCUGGCAUCUUGCCUCUCGCUUUGAAAAGAACUAUAACAACCCCCCCAGAAGAGCAGGCUUUUGAGGCCUCCCCAGCGGACGACGGCUCUAUUGACCUACGUGCCACGGAGACUGCGAAGGUGGUCUGUUGGCAUCGGCGUCACGAGGACCCCCGUCUGUCAGUUGGAUUGUCAGUACAACAACCUGUUGUCCUGAGAGGCCCUUCUCCAUAUGCAACCCCCCCACCUGACGGGGUGGCCGAAGGAGCCUCAUUUGGAGCUGUAAAAAAUCUGACAAUGAACUUGGAUGGUAACCCAGACAAACCUGCCUCAGUCACUGGAACAGCCCCUCCCUUUUGCCCCAAGCAGUCUCACAUUUCUGCAGAAAUUGUCCCAGAUUGGGCAAAACGUGAAAAGAUCAAAUGGGCUUCUCAUACCUGUUAUGGAUGGGAGGCUAACAAAUGUUCCAAAAUCACUGCUUUUUGCCCGGCAGUUCCAAGCAUAAACACACCCUGGAUAAUUCCUUCAUACUAACUUUUCUGCCUUUGAAGGCAGAUUCUGUUGUGUUUACUUUUCACAGGAGAACUCCGAUGGACAUAAAGACCACAUAAAACCAUGAUAAAACUGGUGAUAUUUUAAACAUUAUUUGUGUUAUAGGAACAAAAUUAAGAAUUUUAAACAGUAUUGAUUUAGAAAUAUUCGUUAAUAAAUUGGUUGUUACAAUUAAGAAUUUGACACCUUUUACGGUCGUCCUUAUUGGCUUUGGGAACGACUCAGUGGCUAUUAUCAAACAUAUUAUCAAACUGAGAACUGGUAAAUGUGAAUGAUUAUAAAUUGAUAAUUGAUCGCAAAACUAAAUCUUUUAGCUCUUAGCUGCCUCCAGUCUCAGUAGUGGAUGCAGUUAGUGGCUGCCUCAAUUAUAAAAGAUGGCAGCUUUUUCUACUGAAAUUUGGAAAGUAAUUUGGAACAAUGCCAAUGAUUUCAAAAGAGAUUUUCAAUUCUAGUUGAACUUAGUGAAUUUUAUUUAUGACUCUUUUAUAAACACAGCCACAGCUUUUGUAUUGACCAUAUGUAAUGCUUUGAUACAUUUGAUAUUCCCUAUUAUUGUGUUAAGAUUAAAACAUGAUGGAGCUAUUCUCUAUCUUUUCCAGUAUAGGGAGUGGGCCCGUCAAGUCGAUAAAAAAUGGCAAACUGUUAACUUAGAAUCUUGCAUAGUCCGAGAACAACAAGGCUUUAUUUGUGAAAGUAAUAAAAUUACAUUUGUUUAGACAUAGAACAAAAUAUUUGUCAUUUUUAAGUUUAUCCUAACGAGACUCCUGAAACAGUGCUUUUAUAUGUAGGCAAUGGAUGUGUAUGCUUUAGGACUGGUUGUGAUGUUGUAACUGUAGAAAAUGUUAUACUAGAAACCAAAAAUCAUUCGAACUUUUGUGCUUGUAACUUUACUAAAAUUACAGCUUUUGAUUUUUCUUUUUCAGCUCCAGUUACUUCUUACCAGCUUUUACAAUCUAAUUACACACUGAUCCACAAGCUACGGCCUACUCUGAUUGGGAUGAACCUCACUUUGGUAAAGUAAUUGUUGCUCCAUCAGGAUCUAAGUGAAAUUUUAGAUAAAACCAAGACCUUGAUAACAAAUUAUGUCAUCCCAUCGUUGUUCUUUUAACUUUAUUUUGAUUGGCUUUUGUUUUGCAGCAAUCUCAUUCUUUACUUAGAAACAAUAGAUAUACUUAGAGAUGUUGACACAAGACAAACUUUACAAGUAGGCCAUAGCCGCGGACUGUGAAAUGGAUUUUGCCUAAGUAAUACAUAUAUUUUAAGAAAAUUAUGUAUUUUGAUUUUUGUGAUUUGUGUUAAUCAUUUUUAAAUUUGUUCAUGCUACUUGAAAAUUGUUUUACAAUAAUUUUUUGCCUUGAUUGAAAAUUGUUUUAACUAAUAUUUUACUUAAUAUUGUUAAGAUUUUGUCUUGAUUAUUUGAUUUUAUGAAUCAUUUAUCAUCAUGAUUUGUUUAAGAGUUUUAUUAAUCAACAACAAUUAUUUGUUUUGAAAUUUUAAUGUCAUUGGAUUUGUUUUUUCAUAAUAAUUUGUUUUGAGAUAUUAACAAUCAAUAUUAAUCAUUAUGAUAUCUCUUGUUUUUCCUUCUCCCUUCUCUAUUUCUUUUCCCCCUCUCUUUUUCUCUGGACUCUAUUUUCCUGGGUAUACUACUGACACUGACAAUGAGUCCUGAAGACUUCAGAACAACGCAACGAACUCGACUGAUGGAGCUCUCCUGCCGACCAGUCGUGAGUCACGGGGUGGUGUAAGAGUCGGUCCGAAAAUCCCUCAUUUCUGCCUCACGACUGUCAGAGGCUGAGACCCCCCCUGGACCCUGGGCCACAGCACAGGAGAGAUCCAAGCUUCUCCCUGCAGCUGCACCCACUGGACCAAGACGCCCUCCUCAGGGACCCGUGCAGGAACAAUGGACACUGUCACGGUUUCCUGGCCGUGUUUGCAGAGGCCGUGUUUGCUUUGACUGACUGUGCUGUACCUGCUGCAGAGCCCAGACCUGCGAUACCCACGAAACCGACCCCCCUUCCUGGCAUCUUGCCUCUCGCUUUGAAAAGAACUAUAACAACCCCCCCAGAAGAGCAGGCUUUUGAGGCCUCCCCAGCGGACGACGGCUCUAUUGACCUACGUGCCACGGAGACUGCGAAGGUGGUCUGUUGGCAUCGGCGUCACGAGGACCCCCGUCUGUCAGUUGGUAGCUAUACCCUUUCUUUACCCCCCUUUCUCUCCCUCUCUCUCUCCCUCUCUUCUUUCUCCUUCUUUUCUAUCGCAUAACUGUGUGUAUCAAUAAAGAUACAAUUGAUUUCACUUGAA